ACAAGAAGAGACACAACUACGAAGGCUUCCUUCCUUCUUGACUGAAACUCACUCUAAUGGUUUUUUGUGCUGAAUCUGCUUCUGGGUUUUAGAGAAAGAUGCAGAAGCACAGUUAUAGGACCUUGGUUCUGUUGCGAACGGUGUUAACGUUUUCAGUAUGCGUCAUAGCUCUAAUGGCUCUGUUCUCUGUACACGUUGUUCCUUUCUCCAAUGACCCGACACUUUCCGAGUCUUACAAGCUCCCAACGCAACAUGAAAUUGGACACCAGAGGUUGCUCAAUGAGCUAAGCUGGUUGCAAGAGUUAUCUCCGCCCCAAUUGUCUAAAGCGCCUCCGCCUUUGCAUAAGUUGAAUGGUGCAAGGGGAAUUUUGGAUUAUGAGAAGUUGUGGAAGCAACCACGUAAUCGUGAUUUUGUUCCAUGUGUUGAGCCUAGUUCAUCCUAUUCAUCUCCUCCAGAGUCUCGGGGUUACCUGCUUGUUCACACUAAUGGUGGUCUCAAUCAGAUGCGGGCUGGGAUUUGUGACAUGGUAGCUGUGGCCCGCAUCAUAAAUGCUACUCUAGUCAUUCCAGAACUUGAUAAGCGUUCAUUUUGGCAAGAUUCUAGCAACUUCUCUGAUGUCUUUGAUGAAGAUCAUUUUAUAAGUGCUUUGGCCAAUGACAUUAAAGUUAUUAAGAAACUUCCAAAGGAACUGGCAAAUGCUACCCGGGCAGUCAAGCAUUUCAGGAGUUGGUCUGGUUUAGAUUACUACCAAGAUGAGAUAGCUAGCAUGUGGGAAGAAUAUCAGGUCAUUCGAGCUGCUAAAUCUGAUUCUCGCCUAGCAAAUAAUAACUUGCUUCCAGAUAUUCAGAAGCUGCGUUGCCGUGCCUGUUAUGAGGCUCUUCGCUUUGCCCCUCGUAUAGAGGCAAUGGGAAAAUUGUUGGUGGAACGCAUGAGAUCGUAUGGUCCUUACAUUGCAUUGCAUUUACGUUAUGAGAAGGACAUGCUAGCUUUCAGUGGAUGCACACAUGGUCUCUCCCCAGCUGAAGCAGAUGAACUAACUACAAUCAGAGAGAACACUGCCUAUUGGAAGAUAAAGGAGAUUGAUUCUGAGGAACAGAGGGCCAAGGGCUACUGUCCUUUAACUCCAAAGGAGGUUGGGCUGUUCCUUUCUGCUCUUGGAUACCCAUCAAGUACACCAAUUUACAUUGCUGCAGGGGAAAUAUAUGGUGGUGAUUCUCGGAUUACUGAUCUACAAUCCCGCUAUCCACUAUUAAUGAGCAAGGAAAAAUUGGCAUCUCUAGACGAGCUUGAACCUUUUAUGAGUCACGCAUCUCAAAUGGCUUCUCUCGACUACAUUGUUUCAGUGGAGAGUGACAUUUUUAUUCCUUCAUACUCUGGGAAUAUGGCACGGGCAGUUGAAGGUCACCGUCGUUUUUUGGGACACCGGAAGACAUUUUCUCCUGACAGGAAAGCACUUGUUCAUCUGUUUGAUAAAGUGGAACGGGGAUCACUAAAAGAAGGCAGAAGCCUAUCUGAGAGAAUAAUUGAAAUCCACAAAAGAAGGCAAGGGUCCCCGCGGAAGAGGAAAGGCCCCAUCUCAGGAACGAAGGGCAAAGAAAGGUUUCGAUCAGAAGAAGCAUUUUAUGUGAAUCCAUUACCAGAUUGUUUAUGUCAAAAGGAACAAACCAGCAGUAAUACUACAUUUACCAACGCAUAGAUUAGAUAUAGAAACUGAAUUACUCCAUGAAGUGCAUAUCAGUCAGUUCCUUAUUUCGUCAAUGGCCUUUGGAGCUGGUUCUGCCAUUUUAGAAGUGCGACUGCGGAAUGUGUAUAUCCUGAGUCUAGUUUGCCGAGGAGGGAAAUCCAAGUGUACAUGAAGAUGGUGGUGCAAAUUUAGAGGAAGCUACUUGAGAGACGAGGCCUCGAAAUACUGUAUUGUAUUUUUUUCGGUGUAAUCUUUACAUGUAUUUAGUUGGAAAGGUUAGCCUGGUCUUGAGAAAGAGGGAGGGGGAAAUUUAUUUGCUAUACCAUAGCUGUUGGAAGUAACGACUGCCUUUUCUUGUAUCUAUUCAAUUGGUAGUUACACAGAGCAAUAAAAAAGAGAAGCAAAGAGCCAUUUCCACGAA